AUGCCAAGUUGUUUUUUGUGUAAACGUUCUUGGUCUGCGAAAAAAACAGACGUUAGCUUUCAUCGACUACCAGCAGAUGAACCACGUAAAAAUCAGUGGAUCCAAUUUUUUCAAGAUUGUGGUGCUGACACCACCAAAAUUAAGCCUUCUACCUCCAUAUGCUCUGAACAUUUCAUUUCAGACUGUUUCAAAAAUUAUGUUAGAAGCAAACUUUUAAAAGAAGAUGCCGUACCUUCUAUCAUGGUAAAACGUUUAAAAUAUGCUAAAAUUACUGUUCCUGAGGUGAAAGUGUCUGUAUCCAAUACAUCAACAUCUACUUGUCAAGAAGGGAUUGAAUUGGAAGGUUUUGGAAAACUUCCUGAU